AGGCAGCACACGGCAACAUGGAAGCGCAUUGUCGCAACGGACGGCCGGCGCAACGGCCGCGCGUAUAAGUCUGCGCACGCGCUUACCGCGAUACCUACCGCUUCGGCCCAGACCGGUAGCUUUGACGACAUAUACGAUACCAGUGACGAUUACCCGACUCGCGAUAACCGAAACUCUAAAGUGUUUACUAAUUUUAUAGCCGACGCAGACCAUGCCCUAGGCGUCAGUGGGGAGGAUAAUGCACCAAUACGUGCACACUGAGCUGAUGUGAAUGGAACGAUAUGUGCUAAACUAAUUAUAAAAAUGGGUAGCGGAAAGUUCGGUUUUCAAGUUAAAAAGGACAAAGUGAACAUGGUAGCCACAAAGACUGAAAUUAGUGUUAAGGAAAAGUGUCAAAAAAUACAGAAAAAACUAAAGAAGACUGAAAAUAAGAAGACUGAAGACAAUACAAAAGAAAAACCUAUCUGGUGGAACCAAUGUAACAGUUUGAGCGAAAUUGACCAGUACCUAUGGAUGGUCGGCGGAUCAGCGGGUGCGUUGGCGCUGACCGGCGUGGCGGCUGCCUCGGCCUUCUACCUCAGCACGAGACCGAAGCCCGAGAAGCCCCUGGUGACACUACACGAACAGAGCCUCCUUGAGUCGGGGCCCGAGAUGGUUCGUGUAUCAAAAUUCUACAAAGAAGCGAAAAACGGUCGUUACCUUCGCUACUUACAUGAAGACACACGUACACUUUAUGAAACUUUCCGACGGGGCGUCAAAGAAUCAAAUAAUGGCAAUUGCCUCGGUUGGCGUGAGGGACCAAAUAAACCAUACGUGUGGCAGACGUACAAUGAGACUCUGCUAAGAGCGAAAAACUUCGGAUCAGGACUUAUAUGCCAAGGACUUGUUCCGGGCCAAAACACAUUUGUGGGUAUUUAUUCACAGAAUUGCCCUGAAUGGGUGAUGACAGAACAGGCUGCCUACUGUUAUUCAAUGGUCAUUGUGCCAUUAUAUGAUACUCUCGGAGCAAAUGCAUGUGCCUUCAUUGUAAAUCAAACCGAAAUGUCCGUAGUUAUUUGUGAAGACGACAAAAAAGCCAAUUUGCUACUCGACCAGUCGCCGAGAUGUUUAAGGAAACUGAUCACCAUAAAGGAGGUCUCGCCAUCGACGCAUCAAAGAGCGAGGAGCCGAGGCGUUGAAAUUCUUAAGUUCAGCGAUGUUGAAAUACAAGGCGCGCAAAAAGAUCACCCUUGCCUUCCACCAAAACCGGAAAGUCUAUGUACAAUCUGCUACACAUCAGGGACCACGGGAAUGCCUAAAGGCGUGAUGUUGACCCAUGAGAACGUAGUCGCGUCGAUGUGCAGCGUUAUCAUGCAACUUGGCGAACAUCGACCUAUGAAGCACGAUGUCAUGAUCUCCUUCCUACCUCUUGCACACAUGCUGGAGCGGUGCUGCGAGAAUGCUCUCUACAUGGUAGGAGGAGCUGUGGGUUUCUACAGCGGUGAUAUUCGACGGCUAGGUGACGACUUGGUGGCUUUGAAACCAACAAUGAUGCCCGCCGUACCUCGCCUUCUGAACAGGCUCUACGACAAAGCGCAGUCUGAGAUAUCUAGUUCAAAGAUCAAGAAACUGCUGUUUAAUAUGGCGCUAUCGGCAAAGGAGUCAGAAUUAAAAAGGGGUAUAGUGCGUAGUGACUCAGUCUGGGACAAGCUGGUGUUCCGCAAGGUGCGCGAGGGUAUGGGCGGUCGCCUGCGUAUCAUGGUGGUGGGCUCUGCGCCCCUCGCCGGCAAUGUACUCACCUUCGCACGAUGCGCGUUGGGCUGCCUGAUCGUGGAAGGAUACGGUCAGACAGAAUGUACGGCACCAGUUACUCUCACUGUUCAGGGAGACCACGUACCUGAACAUGUCGGUCCUCCCGUCGCUUGUUGCAAAGUGAAGUUAGUGGACGUGCCCGAGAUGGAGUACUACGCAUCGCAAGGUCAGGGAGAAGUGUGCGUGCAAGGCGCGAACGUGUUCAAGGGAUACUUCAAGGAGCCAGAGAAGACUCGAGAGGUCAUUGACCACGACGGGUGGCAUCACACGGGAGAUGUUGGCAAGUGGCAGCCGAAUGGAACCCUGAAAAUCAUUGACAGAAGAAAACAUAUCUUCAAACUGUCGCAAGGCGAAUACAUAGUUCCUGAGAAAAUUGAAAACAUUUACAUUAGAAGUCAGUACGUCGAACAAGUUUUCGUGCAUGGCGAGUCUCUAAAGUCAUGUGUAGUGGCGGUGGUCGUACCCGACGUGGACGUGGUGAAGUGCUGGGCGCUGGAGAACGGCAUCAAGGGAACAUUCUCAGCUCUCUGCGAGGACGAGCGCGUCAAGAAGAUCAUCCUCGAGGACAUGCUGCAGUGGGGACGUAAUGCUGGACUUAAGACCUUUGAACAGGUCAAAGACAUCUACCUACACCCAGACCCCUUCUCGGUACAAAACGGUCUCCUGACACCCACAAUGAAGGCGAAACGGCCAGAAAUCAGGAGCUAUUUCAAACCCCAAAUAGAGGACAUGUACAAACAGCUGGAAUAACAGCGUCGCACGCUUUAUGUAGGUGAAUGCGUUCAAAUUAUGGACGAAACUUUAGUGCGUGACUGUACUUUGACGUGAUUGAGGCUUGAGGGACUUUGUUGCUUUAGUAAGUUAGGUAAAGAAGUAUUACGUCGAAUAUCUUGAUUAUUGCGAAUUGGUUUGUCAGACAAAUGGUGUUUGGCAUAAACUAUACCUGAGUCAGCACUUGCGAAACAUCAACUUACAAAUUCUAUCGUAACCGAUAACAAAGUUGAAUGAAAAUUACCCACAGAGGUUUACGGUGUAAUACACAUACUAAUUUAAAAAGUUUAGACAGAACUAACAAGUAAUAAAACGUGCUAAAAUAUCGUACUGAUACGUUCCGUUUGAAAACACCGAAAGUCUGCUUUUAUGACUACUAAAGAAUUGGUGAGCUUGUUAAUUCGUUUUCUAAUGUGAAGUUUGUUUUUACAUCCCAAUUGGAUGGAGGCCAAGUUCAAUAGCAAAAAACACAACACAAUGAAUUAUGAGGUGAAGGAAGUUGGUAUAGGUCCAAACAAUACAACAGCCGUGCCAAUUAGCGCAAUCGAUGACGCACUGAACGAUUUGGACUCGAUUCUUCAAUGACGUGAAUCGAUUUUAAAUCGAAUAGUAAAGUUUCACUAGACAUUUUAUCUUACAUCAAUCUUCACGUUCGACAUAUUUUAUAACUCGUUUGUUUUUUCUUGGUUUCCCUCAAGGUUUUAAGUUCAGUAUUUCAUUUUUAUUGACUGUAAUAAUUUAAAGAGUUACUGUUUAGUUAGAACUCGGCGGUUUCACACGGAUCGUUUACGAUUUUUUAAAACUGGGUCGCCUGUUUGUUCUUGUCUAAAGUAAUUUAGUAUCUAGCUUAUUUUUUUGAUAAUUUAGUAAGAUCUUUCUACAUACUUGGAGAUGGAUUUGUAAGGAAUGGUCUAGAACAUUAGUAUCCGUACUUGUGUCUAGUACUUCGUCAAAGAGACAGCCUUUGUCUAUAUUCGCACAAUGUAAUAAUUCCAUUCAAACAAUCGUAAUAAAUCUAGAUCUAAUUAUGACGACAAUAAGACAUCGAUAAAUAGUCGUAUAAUGACUAAUAUUAUUGUUGUUAGUCACAUUAUUUCCACUUAUUGAAGCAAUGAAGUCACUCUUUACUGUGAUGUAUAACGCCAACUAAACUUUUUAUAUAGCAACGUCACAGAAAACUGUGCUCGCUAUUAUUUUAGUAAUUUCACUUUUGCCGACUGCGAUGCAAAAAUUAUACACUGUGCUAAAUUUUAAUAUACAACUAUAGGGAAUGACGCUAAUUUAUUUAUACACAUCGAACACAAUAACAAAACAGAGUUUGAAACUCGCAAAACUAUCGAUGUCUCUUUUUGAUAAACGCAAACAAAUAAAGAUAACGAUAGUCCCAAUUAUGAAGUGAUGUAAAAAGAAAUUGGCGUCAAAACAUUUGAUUACACGCAUAUUUGUAAUGAGAAUACUCUUUGAAAAAUUAUUAAACGUAGCAACUUUUGUAUAUAAUCAAAUUGAAUAGUAAGUAGGGAGAAGUUUGUGAAGGUCAAAAAAUAAUAGAUUUAAGGGCGAAAUUGAGACGAGAUGUAGGCUCACUUGGAAUGGUUGCGAGACUUGGAGAUGAAAAAAGUUCGUAUCGCACCAUCCCACGAUGCCUCAAUUCGUCUGACGCACGUUAAUGUAAUGGCAAUAAAAUUAACGGAAACUCCAGUUUCCUCUGCGGUCAAUUAAGAUGAUUCCUCAAUUUGCAAGAUAUUUGAGCUCCUUGUAUAUUUUUUUAAAUAAUCCUCUAAGAAGUGAUUUUACAAGUGAUCUACGCUACGCCGAACGCGCUUAGUCGAUUGCUCGAUAUAGGUACGGUUUUCAAAAUCGAUACCUUCCUAAACUAGCCAUCAUCUGACCAGUUAGCAUUGAAUUGUAAUUUAUCCAGUAUUUUUAAUUCCCAAUGUGUAUUGUUACAGCAAUGCACUAAGUCUGCACAUACAUGUUCACUGACUAAAACAACGGAAUUGCCUAUAACUAUUUUAGGAUUAUUUAUGAUAAUCACUUCAUGAUAUUUCAAUUUUAUAGGAAAUAUCUUACAAUAAAUAGAAUUAGGUAAAAUUGUAAGCAAUAUGAUUUCCUUUACAAUUGUAUUUAGACACAAAACGUUAGGAAAUAUGGAACAAAACUAGAUGAAAUGGACAAUUUAGCACAUGAAGCUAUUUUAUAUUGCAUGUCUGCAGUGAGAUACAAAAGAAAAGUUAUGAAUAUUUGCCGUCAAUAUGUAAGUGAUAUAGUCCAAGCAUGAUUUUUGAUAUUAUAGGCAUCUAUUAUAUAAUCUUAAGUCUUACUUCAAGGCAGAAGAUAUAGCUUUUUGGAUUUAUAAUACUUAUGAGAAUUAGAAAGUUGAUCACCAUCGUUAUGGUUGUAUUAUAGUGAAUUCGCGUAAUUUUCAGUACAAUCAGCUAGUAUUGUAAGAAAAUACAAGUAUGAUACCGGAUACCGUGCCUUCGACCGAUAUUUAACCCGUACAGGAUACUCUUUUUGUUACUAGCUAAGUUCUUUUUUAUUUUUUUGUCUAACUAUUGUGUGUUGAAGUUUGCUUUCGUGUUGGGGCUACAUUGAACCCAGUCUCAGUUUCUUGAGACGCCAUACUAAGGAGUUUUAUGUCAAUGUAUCUCCAACAUUGUCUGAGGGGUGAAUCUCCGUUUAUGUCUUGAAUGUUAGUGAGUUUUACAUGACGAAAUAGAAAAAUGUAAUACUUAAUCCUAGGUCAAACUGUCGCACCGUGUAGAAUAUAAUUUAGUAAUUCUAGAGCGCAAUAUUAAUAAGUUGAUAUGCUUUGAGCGAACGUUACGGUUUCAUGUUGUUCAAACCAAAAUUUUGUUGUUAUUGGUGCAAGUUGUACUACGAUAAUUUAUUUUUAAAUAAAAUUUAAAAAGUG